AUGCAAACGAAAGGUUUAUACAAAGCGCUUCUCGGGAAAGAAGUCGCACCGGAAGAGAUAGCACCGCUAGCAGGGGAUGCUUCAGACGAGCAGAAGGCCGAAUGGGAGGCAAAAGUUCAACAAAGAAAUAAACAAAUCGAAGAAAUUGAAGAAAGAAAUAAUACGGUAUGGUGUCAUAUUGCUUUAGCCCUCGACAAUAAUAGUCUUUUAUAUAUAAGACAUGAUUGCCUGUCAUCAGAUGGUGUUGGGAACGGGGAAAAGGCCAACUGUAGUAAGUCUAGUUCGUCAAAUUUCUCGAUUAUAGUUAAAUGAAAAUGAAAAAUUAUCCGAAUAUUUUAUACGAGCGCAAGAAUUAAUGUCUCGAUUAACCGAAGCUGGUGAAAAGAUAUCAGAAACACUAUUCAAUGCCUUAGUUAUAAACGGACUUCCAGAGAAAUAUGAGCACUUCAUCGUACAGGAAAGUUUUAAUCCUGCAGCAAAUUUCACCGAAUUACGAACACGUUUACAAAAUUAUGAUGAUAGUCGACUACAAAGAAAUCAAGCAAAAGAAGAUAGUGCAACAGCUAUGUAUUCUGGAAAUACGUCAGGAAGAAACAAAGGUCCAACCAAGCCGAAGGGAGAUUGUUUUGUAUGCGGAAACCCUGGACAUUUCGCCAAGCAAUGUAGUAAAAGAAGUUCAGCUUACUGCUCAAAGUGCAAGAAAAAGGGACAUUUACCAAAAGCAUGCAGAGGUUCAAGUAAACCUGAUAAAUCCACAAAAGAACCCAACUCAUUUGCAUCAUAUUCUCAAUGUAUGAACAGUGGUACUAAAACAAGCAGUGGUACUGGCAAACCAAACCAUCUCAUUAUCGAUACUGGUUGUACUGAUCACAUCAUUAGCCAAAAGGAACUGUUUGAAAACUUACAACCUUGCAGCAUCAAAAAUGUUAAAGAUCCAAAGGGAAAUUUUACUCCUGUUGAAGGAAUUGGUGAUGUACCAGUAAAGCUUCAUCUGAAAAAUGGAAAAGAGGAAGAAAUGGUUCUACGAAACGUACUUUAUGUGCCAAACUAUGAAGUGAACCUGCUUUCUGUCAAUCGAUCCGUCAGAUUUGGACACAAAUUCGUAUUUAAUAAAAGUGAAGCAAAGUUAAGAUUAAAUUAUGGUCCACAAGUCGAUCUCACUGAAGACAGUGGUUUAUUUUAUCUGAAGAUUACCUUUCAAAGGUCCAGUGCAUGUCAUUCUACCACUUACAACACAAAUAAAGCAGCAAUCAAAGGAGGUAUUAAUCUGUGGCACCAAAGGCUCGGACACUUAAACUCUUUGACGGCAAAUCCCAAAUCAUUCACCGCUAGCGGAUGAAUGAUUGGAUGUUCAUAUCUUCGGUUCGGUGCAUGCUAUGAAGACAGAAAUACCACCAUUCGAUUCAGAAAUAAAAGAUUCAACUAAUUCGUCACUAUAGCUAUAGCCAUUAUCAAUAUUGUAGCGAUUUAUGGGCCUUUCAAGUCAAACACGAUCAUAUUGUAUCAAAUUACGCAAUUGUCUGAACAAAAAUAUAACCCCGUGGAUAUUCGUCCGACACCGGAUCUUCUUGCUUCACGGCUAUUAAUCCGACAACGCUUUAAAAGCUAACACUAAACCACUAAAUGCUUGCGUUGUUUCUUAAGAACGAAGCAACAACAUAUUAUUAUAUACGCUAUACGUUUCGACGGUUUCGUACGCGAAAAUCACGAAGAAAAAAAAAGUAUAAAAAAAAAAUAAUAAAAUUGUGGCACGAGCAGGAAAUUCAUCCCAGAACUCCGCGCACACAAUACGGGUGCCUAAACCACAACACUACGGAGGAAUCGCUUGAAUUUCAGUUAAAUUUACGCAGUUUUAUAUUUAACGAGUUUAAUGAUUAUGGAAAUGUCGGACGAAUAUCCACUUCCAAAAUAUAAACUUAGCCAUACCUUUCGCCGAAAAUAACUUCGGCCCCUUCGAACAUAUCGUCUUUGUAAUAGUCUUGUUCGAAUCCCCAUUAAAAACACUAUUUAGAGUGUUAUUUGCAAGCCUGUAUCUUCAAAUCUGUAUAUUUUAUCAAUAUAUUUCCAUUUCUUGUCCGACUGUGAGCUCGAAGUGAGUUAAUCCCAACCGGAAGUACGACAGAAAACCGUCAAAACAAUUCGAAGCUUGUAUCGUAUGACCCUGCAAAGGCCAGAAAUGGUUCGCAAGGUCAGAUUGCACCUACACGCGUGAGUUUGACGUCAUCCCGGCCACAGGAGCUUCUUAUUGGCCAAUUAUUGCGCAAUGUACGCAAGUGCGAGUAAAACCCGCAUCUUGAAAAAUUCAAAAUAAAUAUUUCUACUCGCCGUAUUCAAACGAAAUUUUGUACACGAAAGCGCUUGAAUACAAAGAGUAUUUUACACAUAUAGCCGUUCAGACAAUGACGAAAAGUUCAAGAGAUAUUCAAGAUUAUCUGGAUAUGAAAUUCAGAAUCUUUGGCCAAGCGGUGAGUAAAUAUAUGAUUGUUUCGGUUUGUGUAAUGUUUUGACGGCACUUGACCCCCCGUUCGAAAGGUUAUUUUGUGAGGAUUUCAAUGGUGGGUUUUAUUUAAAAGGGGGGUAAAUACUCGCCGAGAUAUUUACAAUAGAAAAAUUAAGUCGUAAUGUAAUGCGAAACCGUCUUGCCGUCAAAGAGUUAAACAAGGAUGACGUCAAACGCACCAUUGGCUGUGAAGAUAAUUUGAAGGAAGUAUGCGAAACGUGUGCACUUGGAAAGCAAUCUAGUAAACCUGUACCGAAAGAAACGCAGAACAAGUCGCAGAAAGUUCUCAAACUCGUUUACUCAGAUAUACUCGGUCCAUUUGAAGUACCUAGCCUCAGUGGAUCCAGAUAUGCGAUUACAUUUAUCGACGAAUACUCGAAACAUUCCAUCGUAAAGUUUAUGAGCAAGAAAUCCCAAGCUUUUGAAAAAUUUAAAAAGUAUGUAGCUGAAUAUGGAACACCUCAAAGACUGAGAACUGACAAUGGAGCUGAAUACACAUCGAAGCAAUUCAAGGAUUACUGCAGAGACUCAAAAAUAAAGCAAGAAUUUACUGUUCCAGAACGCUUCAAUCGAACUGUAGUUGAAAUGGGACGGUCUCUGUUAAUCCAAGCCAAGUUACCAAAGUGCUACUGGGUAAGUUCACAAGCAGCUCACAUACGAAAUCUUACAGUAACUGCCAAUAGCAACCAUGGAAAGAGUCCUUUUGAACUCUUUACCGGAAAACCACCAAGGCGCAACCACCUACGAGUUUUUGGCUGCACGGCAUAUGUUAUGAAAAGAAAGAUCAACAUGAAGAAGCUGGAUUCGAGAUCGGUGAAAGCCAAAUUUAUCGGUUAUGAUGACAAAAGCACAGCCUACAUCUUGCAAGAAUUCGACUCAAAAAAGAUCAUCAAAGCACGUAAUGUCAUCUUCAAAGAGAACGAAAUCCAGUCAUUCUCAGCCAGAGAAACGAUGAGUCCGGACAACCCAAACCUUGUGAGUCCCAACAUGGAUUUUGAAGAUGAACGCUCGAAUGACGAAGGCACAAAGAUACCGGUCCAAGCUAGAGUGGGGGGAAAUGAUAAGACACCUGUUGUUCAAAAUCCACAUCAAGUCGAAGAAAACCCUGAGGAAGACGAAGUCGCACUCCCCAGAGAAAGCAGAAAUCGUCGCCCCCCGGAACGAUAUGGAUUACCCUAG